AUGGCAGCUCAAGGAGACCUGAAGUUGCUAGGCUUGUCGGUGAGCCCAUUCGUAGUUCGUGUUCGCAUGGCGCUCCACAUGAAGGGCUUGAGCUACGAGUAUAUCAAACAGGACCUCUUCAACAAGAGUGAGCUCCUCCUCAAGUCCAACCCGGUGGAGAAGAAGGUGCCCGUACUCAUCCACGAUGGCAAGACCGUACUCGAUUCUUCGGUCAUCGUGCAGUACAUCGACGAAGUCUGGGCCGCCAUGGGGCCGUCGAUCCUCCCUGUCGACCCCUACGAGCGCGCCACCGCCCGCUUCUGGGCCGCCUACGUCGACGACAAACUCGUGAUCCCAUGGGUGCGGUCGUUCAGGGGCAAGACGGAGGAGGAGAAGUCUGAGUGGAUGGAGCAGACGCUCAUCGCCGUGGAGACCCUGGAAGGAGCCCUGAGGGAGUGCUCCAAGGGCAAGGGCUUCUUCGGCGGCGACAAUGUCGGGCUCGUCGACGUCGUGCUGGGCAGCCUGCUCACGUGGGUGCACGCGGCUGAGGUGAUGUCCGGGGCCAAGAUGUUUGACCCUGCUAAGACCCCAUUGCUGGCCGCGUGGAUGCAGCGCUUCGACGAGCUUGCCGCUGCCAAGGCCGUCAUGCCGGACGUUAAUAGGAUGGUCGAGUUCAAGACGAGGCAGGCACAGGCCAUCUCUGUCGCUGCAGCUUCACAGCGUCAGUAA